UGGAGGGGAAGAUUCGUGUCAACCCCCGAUUCACCAACGACGUCGUCGGUAGUCCCGGGACAACAACACCCUUUCCUCUGCGCCGCGAGCAGCAACCAUCAUCAAAACAACCGCCGCCAUGAGGAAUUCGAUAUUCCUCUCGCCCUUUGUCUUCCUGACAUCCCUUCUCUCUUUCCUUUCAAGCGCCUCCGCCAUCCGGUUAAUCGAGACCAAGUCCCUGAAUACCUGCCAGGCCAAUUCGAGUUUGACAGCCAGUUUAUUCAAUGUCGUCUUCACACCAGAUAACUUAACGCUCACAUUCGACAUCGUCGGUGUUUCUUCCAUCCAGGGCAAUGUGUCGUUCGGGAUCCAGGUCUCGGCCUAUGGUUACGUCUUCCUCCGGGAGACCCUCAACCCGUGUACUAUGCCCAACCUGAGCGGCAUGUGCCCCAUGAGCACCGGGCAGAUCGAUAUCUCGUCAGACCUUCAGCUCUCGCAGGACACCGUCAACAGGAUCCCAGGCAUUGCUUAUGGAGUUCCGGAUCUCGAUGCUAAUGUUAAGGUUCAAAUCAACUCUACGACUCACCCAGAUGUUAGUUUGGCCUGUGUUGAAGCCAACUUGUCGAACGGGAAGUCCGUGUAUCAGAAGGGAGUGGGCUGGACGACUGCUGUGAUCGCUGGUUUGGCUCUCGUCGCCUCCGCUGUGACCUCCGGCUUGGGACACUCGAACACCGCUGCCCACGUUGCUUCGAAUGCACUGUCUCUGUUCGGUUACUUUCAAGCACAGGCAAUUGUAGGCUUGACAGCGAUUCCCCUCCCGCCAAUCGUGCAAUCCUGGACACAGAACUUCGACUGGAGUAUGGGUAUCAUCGAGGUUGACUUCAUGCAAUCAAUUGCGACAUGGUACCAGAAGUCUACAGGAGGGACGCCGGCCACGCUUCUCAACAGUCUGACCACGACCUCUGUUCAAGUCGAAAAGAGAUCGCUGGCUCAAUUGGGGAAGCGAUCUGUCGAUACGACUAUCAAGCUGCUGACUCGAGCCCAUGAGCUGGCUACGCGGGACACCAGUCCUAGCACCUCUGGAACCUAUAUUGUCAAGGGCAUGAAGCGAGUCGCAUUUCGCGCCCAAAUCGAAUCUACGAAUCUCUUUUUGACAGGUCUAAUCUUCUUCAUGAUCUUCAUUGUCUUCACCAUUAUCUGUGUGGCUCUCUUCAAGGGAUACUGCGAGAUGGCUGUCAGGGCGCGCUGGAUGAAGAGUGACAAGUUCCAGGACUUCCGCAAUGGAUGGCUUACUGUUCUCAAGGGUAUCAUGUACCGCAUGGUUCUGAUCGGGUACCCGCAAAUGAUCAUUCUCUGUUUGUGGGAAUUUACGCAGGAUGACUCCGCAGCCGAAAUUGUCCUCGCCGUCUUCUUCUUCUUCGGUAUGACCGGGACCUUGGCCUGGGCCGCAGCGAAAGUUAUCCUCAUCGCAAAGCGUUCAGUCCAGAUGCACAACAAUCCCGCCUACAUUUUAUACUCCGACCCAUCUGCUCUGAACAAGUGGGGUUUCCUCUACGUCCACUUCAGAGCCACGGCCUACUACUUCAUCCUGCCGGUCCUGGUGUACAAUUUGAUCAAGGGCAUGUUCAUUGCUUUUGGGCAGAACGCCGGGAUCGUCCAGGCCAUCGCACUUCUGAUAAUUGAGGCACUCGCGUUGAUCGGAUCUAGCGUUAUUCGACCAUGGAUGGACAAGAGCACGAACACUUUCAACAUCUCUAUUUGUGCUAUCAAUCUGUUGAACGCCAUCUUCCUCCUGGUCUUUACGGCCGUUUUUGACCAGCCGGGCCUGGUUACCGGUGUUAUGGGCGUCGUACUUUUCAUUAUCAAUGCGGUUUUCUCAUUAAUCCUCCUCAUUCUUGUGUUGGUCGCCACCAUCUACGCGUUCGUUCGAAAGAACCCAGAUACUCGAUACCAGCCGGUGGCCGACGAUCGCGCUUCAUUCAUCAAGUCUCAGACCCAGUUAACGACUGAGCUGGAUGCACUAGGCGCUACUGCUAGAGGCGAUGUCAAGGGCGGGUACAAACACAAUCUUGACCUCGAUGACGACAAUGAAUCGUGGUCUUCAGAUUCCAUGAGGCACCCGACGAACCAACAACAGCCACCCUCCACAUCCAACUCCUCUGGUAUCUAUAGGGAGCCGCCUCACUCGCCUGUCGACCCAUCAGUACCGCUCUUCCCCGCUGGCAGCCGUGGAGCUCCUCCAAGUUACAUGGACGAUCCUCGGGCUAUGUAUCAAGGGGGUCAACCUGAGAGCCGGCCGAACAGCGAUUUGCCAUUGAUGAGCAGAUCCAACCUGGGCCCAACGGCCCCCUUCUCAAGGGACUCGGCAGCAUCGUCGAAUGCAUCAGCAUUUAGAGCCCAAAACAACGCCAGUCCUUGGCAACGCGGUGCUGGCUACGAACACUAAUGACGGGGCUUGACUGGCGUUCUGCUCUACCGUAUUUAUUUGAAAAAGGGGGCUGGUGUUUGUUUUAUUAUUGCAUAUCCCGAAUAGCAGCGGCGAAAGGCAGCUGACUG